AAAUAAAUUGAAAAAAUAAAAAUGAAGUGUGUAUCUAAUAAGUUUUGGGUGUUAUACAACAUGGUGAAGACGUGCAUUAUCAUCCUUUCCUCGGCGGCGUUUCCAGGCGAUGAACCGAUACAUACAUAAACGGUGAAUGCUAUUCAACAACCAACCAUAAUGAAAAUAGACACACCAACUUAUUAGUAUCAAUUAACAACAUUUUCAUUUUCAUUAUAAGAAAAACAAGAAAAAGAAGAUUCAGAAAUAAGCAUCAUGUAUGGUAAAGUGGUUCUGACAUUCAUAUUCGUCUUCCUUCUCCUAAUUUCCUACUCAAUUUUCAUCGGCACUCUCGACAUUCGAUCUUAUUUCUUCCAAUCACCAGUUUUCCAACCCGUAACAUGUAAACCCGACCCGCCUAUUCGUCUCUACAUGUACGAUCUCCCUCCUCGUUUCAAUGUCCAAAUGAUUAACCGUCGGAUUCAAUCUCAAUCUCCUGUUACCGCCAAAGACUUUCCGCGGUGGCCGGAUAAUUGGGGACUUAAGAAGCAACAUAGCGUUGAGUAUUGGAUGAUGGGAUCGCUUAUACAUGAAGAUGAUGAUGAUGAUGGUGAGUCUAGAGAAGCUAUCAGGGUUUUGGAUCCGGAAUUGGCGGAUGCUUUUUUUGUUCCGUUUUUUUCUUCCUUGAGUUUUAAUACGCAUGGCCAUACUAUGACGGAUCCUGCUACUGAGAUUGAUCGCCAAUUGCAGGUUGAUCUGAUGGAAUUAUUGAAGAAAUCCAAAUAUUGGGAGAGGUCUAAAGGCAGAGACCACAUAUUACCUAUGACACACCCCAAUGCCUUUAGGUUCCUACGAAAUCAAGUGAACGAUACUAUUCAAGUUGUCGUGGAUUUUGGCCGGUACCCCAAGGGCAUGUCUAAUUUGAACAAAGAUGUGGUGUCCCCGUAUGUGCAUGUUGUGGAUUCUUUUACUGAUGAUGAAUCUCAAGAUCCGUAUGAGGCUCGUUCUACACUGCUUUUCUUUCGAGGGAGGACUUACAGGAAGGAUGAAGGCAUUGUCCGUGCUAAACUGGCAAAGAUAUUGACUAAUUAUAGUGACGUUCACUAUGAGCGAAGUGUUGCAACCGAAGAAAACAUAAAAGCGUCAUCUAAAGGGAUGCGUUCAUCAAAGUUCUGUUUGGAUCCAGCAGGAGACACACCAUCAUCUUGUCGCCUUUUUGAUGCCAUCGCGAGUCACUGUGUUCCAGUCAUUGUGAGUGACCAAAUUGAACUCCCCUUUGAGGAUGAGAUUGAUUACUCCCAGUUCACGUUAUUCUUCUCUUUCAAAGAGGCACUACAGCCUGACUACAUGAUCGACCAGCUUCGUAAAUUUCCAAAGCAGAAUUGGACUGAAAUGUGGAGGCAGCUUAAAAGCAUCUCCCAUCAUUAUGAAUUCCAUUACCCUCCAAAAAGAGAGGAUGCUGUUAAUAUGCUAUGGAGACAGGUCAAACACAAGCUUCCAUCGGUCAGACUCUCUAUUCAUAGAAACCGAAGGUUAAAAAUCUCAGAUUGGUGGCGGAAGAGAUGAUGAUUUUUGGAACUUUCGGUAUUGAUCUUGUACAUUCACCUUCUUCAGUUUCUGUGAGUAUCAUCCCUGAAAGGGAACAGAAGAAUAUCAUUGCCACGUCUUCUUAUCUCGGCAUUUUAAAAUAGAAUGUUGCAUAGAAGUUUUAAUCCGCGGUUUGUUUUGGUGAUUUAUGCCAGAGCUCACUUGGGAAAGUGAUUUUCUCUUGGUUAUUUUUGGUAAAACAUGGACUUUCUAGUUGGCAAAUGAAGAUAUGCUCUCGGGAUCGGGAAGAUAUUAUAGGAGAAAAGAAAGGAGUUUUGAUUUUCACUGUCAUUCACCAUUUCACUCAAUUUAAUUUGUACACCUCCGUUAAUGCUAUUGAAGUAAAGUUAAUCACAAUAUUCAUUUGAAUUCAUUCAUUAACAUUCACAUUCAAGGAGUUUAAUUUACAGUUUUUAUAAUCCAUUUUCUAUUUGA